AUGGAUCGUUAUCGAGCCUAUGAGCUUCAUUUUCGCUUCAGCAAAGAGGUAGACGAGCUCGAAAAGGAGCUCGAGACCGAAAAGCAAAAUGCAUCGCAGGAGCUGCAGAAAGCGAAAGAUGAGAUUGAGAGCAGAAGGCUCGAGGAGAGGUCAAUGCUCCAGAAAAGGCUCGGUACAAUACCUCUACCUCCAGAUCUCACGCAGUUCAUUGAAGACAAGCGAGACUUCUAUCUGCGUCAAGCUACUCAAAAAUACGAGGAAAGGUUGGAGAAUGACCGGAAAAGGUUUAUUGAAAAGGUUUCCGCCGUGAACGAGAAAUGGAGAAUGCUACCAUUCGACAUAGAAAAUUCUUCUACGCCACCUACGGAGCUGCCAAUAUCGAGACUAUCGUUAGAUACCAAAACACCCAUUUCCAUGCCCUCUCCCAUGCAAAACCAUCCGCCUCAAGCUCAACCGGCGGUAAAACUUCCUGUCUCUCACUUAUCAAACAAGCGCCCUAUUACAGAGAUUCAGUCUCCUAACGAGAACAUCGCAAACGAGCAACCGGCAAAGCGCCCAUCUGCGAAACGAUCCAUCACUUUCGAUGAGGUGUACCAAGAAGGCAAUGCUAAGUUCAAGCAUAUUAUAGUCGAGUACCCUCCCGAAAGCGGAGAGUUUUACAUUCUCAAGUGUGAUGACCAUGGAGUUCACUUUGGAGCUAAUCCUCUUGCGGGAGCUGCUAAACACCUAGCAAGCAAGAUGCAUGACCAUCAAUCAAAGAACUAUAGUGUUGCUAUUGACACACUAGGUUUUCGGGUCAUUGGGUGUAAUGCAGAACUGGCACAAAGGAACAACACGGCGGUCGAAGAAGCUGCCGUAAACGGCUACAAGCCGGUUAACUUGCUUCAACUAAGCGUGGGAAAACGAGCGCGAUAUGUGGAGGCGAAUCCCGAGUUUGCUAAUUCCUUUUCCACUCCCAUACCUUCGCUACCUCUAGCCUCACCAGCCGCUGAGGCACUGCCUCCGGCAAUGGCACCGCCUCCAUCUCGAGAAACAGCUACUAGUCCGGCGAUGGCACCACCUUCGUCUCGAGAUACCUCUACCCCUAGUCCAGCGAAAGAUCGACGGAAGAGCUCACACAUACGGACACCGUCGGAUCGCAGCACGCGCUCAGCUGUCCUCAUCCCUAAUCCCAAACCAGCUAGCCUCUACAAAGGGUUUUGGGUUCAAGACAAGCGGCAUUAUCCUGUUAUGGUAUUGCCGGUGAAAGAGGCAGACUUGAGUUCAGUCGGACUUGAAAAGACGUUGGAGGAUACCAAGCUCUUGCAGACCGUGCCUCUCUGCUAUAAACUUGACAAAACAGCAGGAAAGAUAAAGUUCGAAGGGUGGGCCCCGGGAUACGAGGAUGGCGGGCCUUUAGUCAAGCUUAGGCAAGUUCCGGUCAUGUAUUUUGACCGAGAUAUGUCGUUUGGCUGGCUCUCAAUCAAGGAUAUUUCAGCGUUUGACUUUGAUGACCCGGACUGGCGUCAGAUACCCUAUUUUCAGAAGGCCGUCGAGCACUGGGAAAGUCUAAACAAGGCUGAGGCUGGCACGACUGCUAGCAGUGCGACAACCGGUGGUGCAGAACAACCUCGCCUGGAAUCCAACUCGGCAGGGGCAACUCUGCCAGAACCCACACGAAAUCCAACAGCCCCGGCGGCAGCAGCAGCAGCAGCAUCAACGGACACUGUAAAUACACCAAUUCCUCCGGCCGUGGUACGGUUGGCGGAAAUCGCCAAGACCGACCCUCAGCUUAGGGCUCUGAUAGAUAGAGUCGGAUCGAAAGAGGGUACCAAGGAGGAGAAUGAACGGUUAGAGCGCAUCGUCGACCAGAUUGCUUUGGAGCUUAGUAGCUCCGGGGAAGCGGUAGCAGCUACGGUUCAACUUUUACAGCCCAAGUCGGUCAGUUCAGGCCCCAAGAACAUGAAGGGUCACGGCACAGGCCUCAGAUCGCCAGAGUCAUCUAAGCCGCCCACUCCGCACUUGACAAAGGCAGCGAUUUCACCGGCGGCGGCGGCCCCGGCUCCCUUGGUAACGGCAGGCCCGACGCCAGACUCUAGCACAGCUAGCUCGCGUACUACAUCUCCAACUGAGGUCCCCGCCCCUACGUCUACCUCAAUCAACAACCCGCACGUCAAGCCCCCGAUUGUCAAGCCGGCAACCUUUGUCAAACCCGAGAAUGGGGUCACGGCGACGGCGAAGGCGACGCAGCCUCAGAAUCAGAACGAGAAGUUUGAAGUGACCAUCGAAAAGGGCAGCUGGAAUGUAGAUACUAAUUGCCCCACGGAGGACAAGCUCUCAGUCCGGUUGAUAGCAUGCAACCAAACCAAGAUUGCUUCCACAGCGCCCGGUCUUCCGUACAAGAACUGCCCAUACAAGUUCGAGAUUGAUCCCAACAAGUUUGCCAACGUCGUCGUCGAGAAUUGCCCAUCGAGCCCCAACGCGAAGACGAUCGUGACCAUUAUAUUGAAGAAGGGGCGUGAGGGCAGUGGAGACAGGACGGUGGUCUUGACGUUUGAUCGAUUCGUAAAUCCGGACACCAAAACGGUAGAGAGCGGGCGGGUGCAGGCGAGACGAUUCUGUCGAUGGUUGAGGGGGGUCAAUACGAGCAUUGCAUACUCUAACAAGAGUUUCCAAUAGAUG